CUUCAGUUCGAGAACAGUUAUUCGAAAUUUCUAAAAUUUAAAUUUUCAAGAAAAAAUGGGUGAAGGAAACGUAGAAAAAGGUAAAAAAAUUUUCGUUAGAAGUUGCUCUCAAUGUCACACAGUUGAAAAGGGUGGGAAACAUAAAGUUGGCCCAAAUUUAAAUGGUUUGAUUGGUAGAAAAACUGGUCAAUCUCCAGGUUACACAUAUACUGAUGCAAAUAAGUCUAAAGGAAUCACUUGGAACAGUGAAACUUUAUUUUUAUACCUUGAAAACCCUAAGAAGUAUAUUCCUGGCACAAAAAUGGUUUUUGCUGGCCUUAAAAAGGCUCAAGAAAGACAUGACUUGAUUGCCUAUCUUGAAGAAGCUACCAAAUAAUUCACUGACAAAAUGUUAGUAAAAGUUUUUCUACCAAAAACUUGGCUGUAGAAAGUGUAGGAAAUAUUAGCUGGUGUCAACUAAGCUUUAAAUUAAUGUUAUGUGAUAAUUUAAAAUUGUUUUAUUUUAAUUUUUUCUAUAAAUAAGUUCAACAGCUAUUUAUUGUAUUUG